AUUACAAUUUUACUUUUCCGCGUUGUCAGGAUUCUUUGAUUGUUGGAGUGGGAACAGAGAAGAGAAGAAUUGAAGAAAGUGUGCUCCCAGAUAAAAGUUGCGGGGAGGAAAGAAAAAGUGAAGUAGUGAAAAUCCAAGCAAAGAAUGAUUUAAGUAAAGAAUCCUAAGAAGAAGAAAUAGUGGAUAGAAAUGGGAAGCGUUAAAGACGUAGAAUGGGCGGCGCAAGGGCUGGAAUCCGGCGGCCUCGACCUCCACACCGUCUGUUUUGUCCUUGGCGACCCACCUUCCUCAGUUUGUUUCCUGGAAACACAAAACUCCAUCAACCUCAACAUAUCCAGAGACGCCCUCCCACGCUUCCUCAAACUCCUCGCAACAUCAAGAUUGAGAAACAUAGAGUUCCAGCUGGUACAAUGGGAGCCGCAGCACAUGAAGCAUCUCCGAACGCUGCUCCAAGCCAACCCCAACAUCCGCCACCUCCUCUUCAAGAGGAACAGCUUCACCGCACACUGUCUAUCGGAGCUGUCGGAGGCUCUGCGCCACAACCAAUCCGUCAAGGAAAUCGUGCUCUCCGAAUCAGGCAUUGGCCCCCAAGGAGCAGGACUCCUCGCGUCCGCGCUCAGGGACAACCGUAGCUUGGAAGAGCUGCAGAUAUGGGAGGACUCCAUCGGAUCCAAGGGGGCCGACGAGCUGUCCAAGAUGAUCGAACUCAACUCGUCUCUCAAGCUGCUCACCAUCUUCGACUCCAACCCCAUCACCGCCACGCCUCUCAUUUCCGCUGUUUUGGGUCGGAAUCGAUCGAUGGAGGUCCACAUUUGGAGCGUCGAUCGCAGGGAGAGAAGCUGUAAAAUGGUGGAGUUUGCACCCGAAAACUCCACUCUUCGAGUGUACCGCGCCGACGUGUCGGCCGCGUGCCGCGUGGCUUGUGCCUUGGGGUGGAACACCACCGUGAGGUCUCUGGACAUGAGCGGCGUCAAGCUGAAGUCGCGGUGGGCGAAGCAGUUCCGUUGGGUCCUGGAGCAGAACCGGACGCUCAGAGAGGUCAAUCUGUCGAAAACGUGGCUAAAAGACAAGGGCGUGAUAUACGUUGCAGCGGGACUCUUCAAGAACCAGACGUUGGAGAAACUGUGGCUGGAUGGGAACUGUUUGGGAGGGAUAGGCGUGGAGCAUUUGCUCUGCCCUUUCACCAAGUUCUCACCUCUGCAGAAUCAGGCCAACACGGCCCUAAAGUCGGUGAGCCUCGGAGGAGCAAGGACCAAGAUUGGCAAUGCAGCGCUUGUGCAGAUGCUGAGCAGCAACGAGAGCGUCGCCUUCUUGGGCAUACACGACGAUGAGAGCCUCAAGGCGGACGACAUAGUCCAAAUCUUCAAGAGCUUGGAGAGGAACGCGUCUCUGAGGCGCCUAUCCCUGCAGGGCUGCAAAGGGGUGAAGGGCGAGGCCGUCUUGCAAGCGAUAAUGGAGACGUUGAACGUCAAUCCUUGGAUCGAGCACAUUGAUCUCGCGAGGACUCCUCUCCAUCUUUCCGGCAAAGCAGAAGCUAUAUAUCACAGAUUGGGUCACAACAACAGCCAAGAGACUGAACCUGAAUCCGAGAUCGAUGUGCUCAAGGACUUGCAGAUGACUGUGCCAAAAUGCGCUAGGGUCUUCCUCUGUGGCCAAGAAUCUGCAGGUAAAACUGCGCUCUGCAAUUCGUUAUCACACAACAUUUCCCCUUCGAAGCUGCCAUACUUGGAUCACAUGAGGACUCUGGUGAACCCGGUGGAGCAAGCAGUUAGAACACCAGGGAUGAGGAUCAAAACAUGCAGAGAUGAAGACACCAAGAUCUCCAUAUGGAACCUUGCAGGGCAGCACGAGUUGUAUUCCCUCCACGAUCUCAUGUUCCCCGGGCAUGGCAGCCCGUGCUUGUUCCUUGUCGUGUCCAGCUUACUCAGGAAGCCAAGCAAUAGAGAGCCCAAAACCCCCAGUGAGAUAGAGGAAGAUAUCCAUUACUGGCUGAGAUUCAUUGUCUCCAACUCGAGACGAGCAGUUCAGCAGUGCAUGCUUCCCAGCGUCACAAUCGUGCUAACUCACUCCGACAGGAUGGAUCAACAAUCCGGUAGCUUGGAGGGCACUGCGAGUGUGAUUCAAAGACUGAGAGAUAAGUUCCAAGGCUUCGUUGAAUUCUAUCCCAAUGUGUUCACAGUGGAUGCAAGAUCAUCAGCAUCAGUCAGUAAACUCAGCCAUCAUGUCCGGAGAACAACCAAAACGAUUCUUGAAAGGGUUCCUCGAGUAUACCAGCUCUGCAACGAUGUUGCACAAGUACUAUCAGAAUGGAGACGCGAGAACCACAACAAGCCAGCAAUGAGGUGGAAGGAGUUCGAGGAUCUAUGCCAAGUCAAGGUUCCGUCUCUGAGAAUCCGCUCAAGACAUGACAAUAAAGACAAGGUGGAGACGAGGAGGAAGGCAGUGGCUACGAGUCUGCACCAUAUUGGAGAGGUUAUUUACUUCGAUGAUAUGUGCUUCUUAAUCUUGGAUUGCGAGUGGUUCUGUGGUGAGGUUCUCACUCAGCUAACAAGACUAGAUGCCAGAAAGCAAAGCUCGAGUGAAAAUAAUGGAUUCUUAUGCAGAAAAGAUCUGGAGAAGAUUCUAAUUGGAAGCUUACAGAGUAACAUACCUGGAAUGGGGUUGAAUGUUUUUGAAAAUCUGGAAGCCAAAGAUGUUAUACAGAUGAUGCUGAAACUGGAGCUUUGCUGUGAAGUGGAUCCAUCAGAUCCAGAUUCAGCGCUACUGAUCCCGUCCACCUUGGAAGAAGGCAGGUGGAGACCUCAGAGAUGGCAGCUAAACUCUCCGGACAACAAUUAUGUAGGAAGACGUCUUCAAUGUGAUGACAUGUUCCUCACACCAGGUUUCUUUCCACGCUUACAGGUACAUUUGCAUAAGAAAAUCAUGGAGUUGAAGAACCAACAUGGAGCAUCAUACAGUCUUGAGAAGUACCUCAUCUCGAUAAAUAUAAACGGAGUCCACGUUCGUGUAGAGCUUGGAGGACAAUUAGGUUAUUCCAUUGAUGUGCUAGCAUGCUCCACAAAGAGUACAACAGAAAUGCUCAGUCUCUUUCAGCUGCUCAUAAUCCCAGCAAUACAGAGCCUCUGCCAUGGGAUCACCAUGAUGGAAUAUGUUCUUCGCUCCGAAUGUGUGAAAAAUCUGAUACCUCCCAGGAACCGAAGGAACCAAUUCGUGCCACUGCAACAGUUGAAGCGGGCGCUGCUCUCAGUACCUGCUGACAGCAUAUACGAUUAUCAGCACACGUGGGAUUCAGUCGUGGAUUCAGGAAGCCAGAUUCUAGGACCUGGUUUUGAUUUUGCUCGAGAUUUGCUGUCAGACGAUGACUUUAGAGAAGUGCUUCACUGCCGAUACCACGACCUGUAUAAUCUUGCCAUGGAACUCCAAGUACCACAGGAGGAGAGCACAGAGCAUCCUCCAACUGCCUCUGAAGAAAUAGCCAGCUCAGUCGAGCCAACAUUUGUCGGGAUAGCCAAGGGCGUUGAAGCAGUUCUGCAGAGGCUAAAGAUCAUUGAGCAGGAAAUCAGAGACGUCAAGCAGGAAAUUCAAGGCCUGAGAUAUUAUGAACACAGGCUUUUGAUUGAAUUGCAUCGCAAAGUGAACUAUCUGGUGAACUAUAAUACGCAGGUCGAAGAAAGAAAAGCACCAAACAUGUUCUAUUUUGUCAGAACUGAGAACUACUCGAGGAGAUUGAUCACCAGCAUCAUAUCAGGCAUGAAUCCGCUCCGGCUGCAAAUGCUAUGUGAAUACAGACGAGAAAUGCACGUGGUUGAAGAUCAGAUUGGUUGUGAACUUAUGCAGGUGGAUAACAUCACAGUCAAGUGUCUGGCUCCACAUAUGAAAAAUUUCAUGAAACUAGUUACAUUUGCUCUCAAAAUUGGAGCCCAUUUAGCAGCAGGUAUGGGACAGAUGAUACCUGAUUUAGGCAGGGAGGUUGCACAUCUCAUCGAUUCUCCCAUUGUCUAUGGAGCAGCCGGUGCUGCAGCUGCCGGGGCUGCUGGGGCCGCAGGAAUUGCUGCAGCUGGAAACAAGAACAGAAACAUGAACUCAAGAGACAUACAGCAGCAACAACAACAACAUCUCAGAGCAGCUCAGCAAUGGCUGAUGGACUUCUUGAGGGAGCACGGAUGCUCGACUGGGAAAGACAUUGCUGAGAAGUUUGGAUUGUGGCGAGUCAGAUACAGGGAUGAUGGUCAAAUUGCAUGGAUAUGCAGGAGGCAUAUGUACACCAGAGCAUGUGAAAUAGUCGAAGCCCCAAUAUGAUGCAUAUUCGCUAGUUAGUCAGGGGAAAGAUGAUCUCUCAGUUGUAACUCUACUUUCAAGUUUCAAGCCUCAUGACUCAUGAGCUUGUUUGUUAUCAGAUGUUGUGUAGCAUUUCUCAUGUUUCAAACUAGCAUAUCAUCCAUAAGCAUCAGCAAAAUUGGUAUUA